UCUAUAGCACUCUACAGGAGACAUUUCUCGGCUGUCGAUUUUCCGAAUUCUGCAUUCUUCUUUUGUCUAUGAAGAUAUAGAAUUGUGGCGAAAUGGCUGCUGCGAAUAUUGUUCGUAGUGCUUUCAGUGGAUUAUUACGCAAAUCCACAUCUUACAGAACUCCGGUCGUAUGUAGGCUAUCUACAGUAGUUGCUGUACAAAAACUUCGUACCGUACAAUCCAUUGCUAAGAUAAACUACCAAGUGCAAAAUGGGGUAUAUGCCCGACAGUACUCGUCCGGUGCGCAGGCUAAGCCAUCGCCGCAGGAAAUUCAAGAACGAGUUAUGAAAGUGUGCAAGGCUUACGACAAACUGACUAAUAGCAAGAACGCGAAACUCUGCGUCCGCAACUACAGUGGUGGACCUCCACUCACCCUAGACUUGAUUAGGAAAAGAGUUCUGCUCGUACUCCAACUCUAUGACAAAGUUAAACCUGAGAAGUUAACUUUGGAGUCCCACUUCAUGACAGACUUGGGACUAGACUCUCUUGACCAUGUAGAGGUGAUCAUGGCUAUGGAAGAUGAAUUUGGUUUUGAAAUUCCCGAUGGUGAUGCAGAGAGGCUGGUGAGGCCCAAAGAUAUUGUUCAGUACAUUGCAGAUAAAGAAGACAUUUAUGAAUAAAAUUUUCGUUUAAAAUAAAUCUCAACAGUCUUAGACCAAAUGUGAUUUGAUUUUAAGAAACAAAUACUUUUUACUCACAAUUGGUCUAAGGUUUAUUGUGAUUCUGCUUAGUUUCUAGUUUGUUUUGUUUAACAUGUUUUUCAGAAGAAUGAACAUUGUGAAAGAAAUUAAGGAACAUCUAUGUGGUGGGAUGUAAAAAGUGUAAAUUCCGUUUUUAUUCAAUACAGCCUUGUUAGAAUAGA